UCAUGACUUCGCGGCGUGCGACGGCGAAGUCGACCUCUCUUGUGGGACGCCGCAAGAUUGGGAAGACGAGGAAGAAGGCGGGACGCCGCCACGAUGACGACCCGGCGGAAAGCGACGACGAGAACGACAUGCUCGAGAGUACGCUGCCGCCGUACCUGCAGCAGAGGAGAGCGGAGCAGAGGGAGGAGGAGGCUGCGGGAGGCGAGGGUGCGCUGAGAAUGCCGCCCUCACCUCCAGACGAACCAGAGCUGCAAUGGCGGCGAGACCUCGCCGAGAAGCCACAAUUGCCUGGCCUCACCGCGCCAGAGGCUCACGCAGACCGGCCGACGCUCGACGGCAUAGGCAGCAUCCCUGCGCCUAUCGCCAAAUUCCUGAAGCCCUAUCAGGUGGACGGCACGGAGUGGCUGCACCGCCUGUUCGUCACGCAGAAAGGCGGAAUCCUCGGCGACGACAUGGGCCUUGGCAAGACAAUCCAGAUCAUCGCCUUCCUGACCGUGGCCUUCGGCAAGACAGCAGACGAGAGAGACGCCAAGCGCAUGCGCGUGUUCCGCAACAAGUACGAAGACCUCUGGUACCCGCGAGUCCUCAUCAUCUGCCCCGGAACCCUGAUGGAGAACUGGAAGAACGAGCUCGACCGCUGGGGAUGGUGGCACGUCUACACAUACCACGGAAGCGCCGUCGAGAAAGACUCCGCUCUUGCCGCAGCAGCAAGUGGCCGCCUCGAGAUCAUGAUGACUACAUACACCACUUACACCAACAGCCAGGAUGCCAUCAACCAGAUCAGAUGGGAUUGCGUGAUCGCAGAUGAGUGCCAUUCCAUCAAAAACCACAAAUCCGAAACCUCUCAAGCCAUGAAUAACGUCAACGCGCUUUGCCGCAUCGGCCUCACUGGCACCGCCAUUCAGAACAACUACGAAGAGCUAUGGGUACUGCUCAAUUGGACCAAUCCUGGCUGCGUCAGCUCCCUUGCCUCGUGGAAGCGCCGAAUAUGCGUGCCGCUCAAGCUCGGACAAAGUCAUGACGCAACCAACUCUCAGCUGAAGAAAGCCCGCGAUCUGGCCAAGAAGCUUGUACAGAACCUGCUACCAAGAUUCUUCCUCCGCCGUACAAAGGCACUGAUUGCACACCAACUACCCAAAAAGACAGAUCGAGUCGUGUUCUGCCCACUCACCGAGACACAAGCUCAGGCAUACAACAACUUUGUCGACCACGAACUCGUCCACGCGAUUCGCGAUUCUCAAGAGCCAUGCUAUUGUGGCUCCGGCAAGAAGCAAGGCUGGUGCUGCAUGGCUUACGUUGAAGGAUAUGGGCCUUGGAACAUGUUCGUAUUUCCAGUGCUGCACACCAUUCAGAAGCUUUCGAACCACCUCGCGCUCAUGCUACCGACUGGCAUCGCCGACCCAGAGAAACACGAGAAAGAGCUUGACGCGAUGAAGAUUGCCCUUCCAGAUCUGUGGAAAGACCUGUACCAAACACGCGAUAACAUUAAGCACAAAGCAAAUGCAGAAUUCUGCGGCAAGUGGAAGGUAUUGAAGAAGUUGCUGAAGCUUUGGUACGACAAUGGUGACAAAGUCUUGGUCUUCUCGCAUUCGGUGAAGCUACUCACGAUGCUUGAACUACUCUUCAGGAGCACGACUACCUACAAUGUGUCUUAUCUCGACGGAAGCUUGAGCUACGCAGCUCGACAGGAGGCUGUGGACGAGUACAAUGCAAACCCGAACCAGUUUGUCUUCCUGAUCUCUACAAAAGCUGGAGGCAUGGGCAUCAACGUGACAAGCGCAAACAAGGUUGUCAUCAUGGAUCCAAACUGGAACCCAGCAUACGAUUUGCAAGCACAGGACAGAGCAUAUCGGAUCGGCCAGACCAGAGACGUGGAGGUCUUCCGUCUUGUUUCAGCCGGCACAGUCGAAGAGAUUGUAUAUGCCAGACAGAUUUACAAGCAGCAGCAGGCGCAGAUCGGCUACAACGCAUCGGUCGAGCGGCGAUACUUCAAGGGUGUGCAAGGCCAGGCAGAGCACAAAGGUGAGAUCUUUGGCCUCAAGAACCUUUUCGCCCCGCUCAAGACGAACGUCGUGCUGCAAGACAUCGUCAACAAGACCAACAUCGCCGAAGCUAGAGCAGGAGUAGAGAUUGCUGGCCUCGAGCUUGAAUCAACUCCAGGAGAUGAGGAUGAAUUUGAAGCAAUUGGACGUGCGCAGAGAGAGUCGACUGAAGCAGGAAUCAGCGACCUCGCAGCAGAAAUCCUGGACGAACCCAGCCGCAAGCGCAAACUGCAGCAAGACAACGCCAAGAAAGACGCCGUCAAAGCCAUUUUGGCAUCAGCUGGCGUAGAAUACACACAUGAGAACGCAGAAGUCAUCGGCACGUCGAAAUGGGAAGCCAAGAUUUCGUCGCGAGCACAGAAAGCCGGCAACGACCUUGACUACAUCGACGAACGCGCCUUUGCCAAAGCUACCCAAGACUCCCAAGAAGCUGGGUUCGUAUACCCACAGGACGACGAUGACGACGACGCGAUUGAUUUGGACGAUGGUUUAGGCAAGAUUCGGUACAAAUACCGCCCUCCAGAAGACGUCCGAAUGCGUCAAUUCUGCACCAUGGCCAAGAUGUAUGGAUAUGAGGGCAAAGUUUCGGAGUUUGCUUUGGUGGUCGAGGGCUGGAGUCAGGAGGAGAGGAGGGAUUGUUUGGAGAGGUUUUAUAAGGAUCGGAGAGAGAUUUUGGUCAAGCAGCGCUCGAAGUAAUGUUUUGGGACGAAGCGCUUGCAUCAACGAGUGGUAUGUUUUAUGGGUGGUAUGAGUUAUGAGAGAGAUACCCACCUUUGCCUUUGCCUUUGCGGGCGAGGCUAUGAAUUUGCAUCAUGUUUUUGCUUCG